AAAUAUCAUAAGAGAAAGCUUUGGGAAAAUUCCCUCGCCUUCCACACUUGCGCCGUUUAAUUACCUCUGUCAACCGCCGACUCAAGGCCUUCAGAAAAAUUUUCUUCAGGACUUCCCUAAGAAACCCUCGUUACACUAUUAUCUCAUCUCAUCUAGAUCCAAUUCAAUUCGAGUAGAUGGAUCUUCUACGAACAUACAGAAACGACGACGAAUCAGACGAACAAGAACACCAAAACCCUAAUUCCUCACCAGAUUCGUCUCCACCCCGUCUCCUUCCAUCCAAAUCCGCCGCACCGAAAGUGGACGACACAACACUAGCUCUAGCAGUAGCUCAAGCGAAUCAAAUCCUCUCAAAACCAAUCGACCCCGUUCAGCACGCCGUUGCGUAUAACCCAACCUAUGACCAGCUCUGGGCUCCAAUUCAAGGCCCUGCACAUCCUUACGCAAAAGAUGGAAUUGCCCAAGGCAUGCGUAAUCACAAGCUUGGCUUCGUGGAAGAUGCUGCAAUUGACUCAUUUGUGUUUGACGAGCAGUAUAAUACUUUUCAUAAGUAUGGUUAUGCUGCUGAUCCUUCUGCAUCUGAAGGUAACAAUUAUGUUGGUGAUUUAGAUGCUUUACGCAAUAAUAAUGCUAUUUCUGUUUAUAAUAUUCCCCAAAAUGAGCAAAAGAGACAAAAAGUUGAGAAGAAGAUAGCAGCGAAAGCCGACGAAACUGAGGAUCAAGUUACUGACAAGGAAGAGAUUGAUAAUCCGGCGACUGAUGUUUGGUUAAUGAGGAAUCGAAAGAGUCCAUGGGCUGGUAAGAAGGAAGGUCUGCAAACGGAAUUGACUGAGGAGCAGAAGAAGUACGCAGAGGAGUAUGCGAAGAAGAAAGAAGAGAAGGGAGGUGCUGAUAAAGGAGAAGUUGUUGCUGACAAGACUACUUUUCAUGGUAAGGAAGAGAAAGAUUAUCAAGGGAGAUCGUGGAUUGAACCUCCUAAGGAUGCUAAAGCCAGCAAUGAUCAUUGUUAUAUACCAAAACGACUUGUGCAUACUUGGAGCGGACAUACUAAAGGUGUUUCUGCUAUUAGGUUUUUCCCCAAGAAGGGGCAUUUAAUUCUUUCGGCUGGGAUGGAUACCAAGGUCAAGAUUUGGGAUGUGUUUAAUUCUGGUAAGUGUAUGAGAACUUAUAUGGGUCAUUCAAAGGCUGUUAGAGAUAUUUCAUUUUGCAAUGAUGGAACCAAGUUUUUGACUGCUGGCUAUGAUAAGAAUAUUAAGUACUGGGAUACCGAAACUGGUCAGGUUAUUUCCACUUUCUCCACUGGGAAGAUUCCUUAUGUUGUUAAACUUGAUCCCGAUGAUGAUAAGCAGAAUAUAUUGUUGGCUGGUAUGAGUGAUAAGAAAAUUGUUCAAUGGGAUAUGAAUACAGGGCAAAUUACUCAGGAGUAUGAUCAGCAUUUGGGGGCUGUAAAUACUAUUACAUUUGUCGAUAAUAAUAGGAGGUUUGUAACUUCAAGUGAUGAUAAAUCACUCCGUGUAUGGGAAUUUGGAAUCCCUGUUGUUAUAAAAUAUAUUAGUGAACCUCACAUGCAUUCUAUGCCAUCUAUUGCUGUUCAUCCCAACACUAAUUGGUUUGCAGCACAGAGUAUGGAUAACCAGAUUCUUAUUUACAGUACUAGGGAAAGAUUUCAGUUGAAUAAGAAGAAGACGUUUAAAGGACAUACUGUGGCAGGUUAUGCUUGCCAAGUCAAUUUCUCACCAGAUGGACGGUUUGUUAUGUCAGGAGAUGGUGAGGGUAAGUGCUGGUUUUGGGACUGGAAGAGCACUAAAGUUUUCAGGACCCUUAAAUGCCAUGAGGGUGUGUGCAUUGGGUGUGAGUGGCAUCCAUUGGAGCAAAGUAAAGUGGCAACUUGCGGUUGGGAUGGCUUGAUUAAGUACUGGGACUAAUUUCCUAUUACGAAGCUGGAUGCCUUCAUUAAGUUAAUCAAUAUUAGGCCACUUCAGUCAUCCUGAAAGACAAAUGACUGUGCAAAUCUUGUCAGAUAGAGGGGUACAUGUUAGAUAUAAAGAUCAGAGGAGCCUUGGAGGAACCCAAUAUUAUUCAUAGUUCUCCACUGAAAUCUUAGCGGGCCAGUUGGUGAGAAUUGAUAAAUGUACAAUAGCAUCAUAUCACUGUAUCACAUCACUGCUGAACAGACUCAGUUUUAUUGUUAGUCAUGCUAACUAGAGAUGUAACUUCAGUAAUGAAUUUUGUAGGCUGAAUUUGUUCUAAUGUUAUAUGCCGUUUUUCUCUC